AUGCCACAGCAAUUCAUCAAGGUAAAAGAAAAUCCCGGAAAUGUAUCAAAGGCCGAGUUUACUACCACAGUUAAAACGCAAGACUGGGAUUCGAAUUCGAAUUUAUCAAAUUCAAUUGGAGACAUUUGCCGAAUAUGCCACUGUGAAGCAGACACAGACAAUCCUUUGCUAAGUCCUUGUUAUUGUUCUGGAAGCCUGAAAUACGUCCAUCAAACCUGCUUGAGGCAAUGGCUAGCGGCAUCGGACACAAGAUCUUGUGAAUUAUGCAAAUUUAAUUUUAUCCUGCAUACAAAAAUCAAGCCAUUCUCGGAGUGGCGGAUUUUGGAAAUGACUAGUGUCGAAAGAAGAAGACUCCUUUGUGCCAUUCUCUUCCAUUUUGUAGCGGCUGUGUGCGUUAUAUGGUCAUUAUUUGUAUUGAUCGAUCGAGCAGCCGAAGAAGUGAGAAAAGGACUGAUAGCUUGGCCUUUUUGGACCAAAUUACUGGUCGUUUCCGUCGGAUCGACGGGGGGAGUUGUAUUUAUGUACAUACAAUGUAGGCAGUACUUACAUCUAUUUUCCCGAUGGAAAGCGCACAAUCGUAUAAUCCUCGUACAAAACGCUCCUGAAAAGCAAGCCGCACCGCCGUCGUCGCCGUAUUGUCAACGGGACGUUAAGCACCAAGUUCCGACUCAGAUAGUCACAGUAGCGGAAUAUAAUCAACCGUCGUCGAUAACGAAUUCGAAUUCCCAAAGCGAAAUGCAGAUGUGUUACGUCUUCGAAAACGAAUGUAAGGUAAAGUGUUGCAGAAGUAGCGCAUCGUCGAUUCAAAAAGCCGAUGUGCACGUGGAGGACCUUUGUGAAACACCGAAAAACGAAAAAAGCUCAAAUAAGGAUUCGCCCGAUUUAUCUAGAAGUAACAUACUAGCGUUAGACAUCGAGUGCCCUUCUAGUAGUAGAAAAAAAUAUUCGCUACAAAAUUCUUUAAAGACUGAAAUAGUGAAAAAUAGGAGCUGUGUUUUUAAAUCUUUGCCUAAUUUAAGUACCAGUAGCGAAAAUUUACUGUUGUAA